CUUUCUCUAUCCUCAUUCGUCACUACCUUAAAACACUAUCUUAUACACAUACCAAUAGUUUGCGUAUCUAACAUUGAAUUUGUGUCAAGUACGUUUAAGUAACGAAACUUAACUGAAAAUAAAGGUGUUUGUUUUGAACAUUGAUUUUGUGGAAUUGUUGUACAUGAUGAGUAAUAAGGUACCACCAAGACCUCGUACUAGAGUUGGGAAGUACGAGAUGGGAAAAACAAUUGGUGAAGGAAGUUUUGCUAAGGUGAAGUUGGCUAAGAAUGUUGAAAAUGGAGAUUAUGUUGCCAUCAAAAUUCUUGAUCGUAAUCAUGUACUCAAACACAAUAUGAUGGAUCAGCUGAAGAGAGAAAUUUCAGCUAUGAAGAUCAUUAAUCAUCCAAACGUUAUCAAAAUAUUUGAGGUGAUGGCAAGCAAAACAAAGAUUUACAUUGUUUUGGAGUUGGUUAAUGGAGGAGAACUAUUUGACAAAAUUGCAACACAUGGGAGACUUAAAGAGGAUGAAGCAAGAAGUUAUUUCCAACAACUAAUCAAUGCAGUUGAUUACUGCCAUAGUAGAGGAGUGUAUCACAGAGAUUUGAAGCCAGAGAAUCUUCUUUUAGAUACAAAUGGUGUUCUUAAAGUUUCAGAUUUUGGAUUAAGUACAUACUCACAGCAGGAGGAUGAACUUCUCCGCACGGCAUGUGGAACACCGAAUUACGUUGCUCCUGAGGUGCUUAAUGAUAGAGGUUAUGUUGGUUCUUCAUCUGAUAUUUGGUCAUGUGGAGUCAUUCUCUUUGUACUUAUGGCCGGGUACUUGCCGUUCGAUGAGCCAAAUCUAAUUGCACUGUAUAGAAAAAUUGGUAGAGCUGAUUUCAAAUGUCCGUCUUGGUUUUCGCCCGAGGCAAAGAAACUGCUCACGUCUAUACUUAACCCGAACCCUCUAACGAGAAUAAAGAUUCCUGAAAUCUUGGAAGAUGAAUGGUUUAGAAAAGGAUACAAGCCGGCAUGUUUUACCGAGGAAGAGGAUGUCAAUGUGGAUGAUGUUGCUGCAGCUUUCAAUGAUUCUAGGGAAAAUCUCGUGACCGAGACCAAAGAGAAACCGGUGUCAAUGAAUGCUUUUGAGCUUAUUUCUAGAUCGGAAAGCUUCAAUCUUGACAAUUUGUUUGAGAGGGAAAAGGGGGUUGUAAAGCGCGAAACACAUUUCACUUCGCAGCGUCCUGCAAAUGAAAUUAUGUCUAAGAUUGAGGAGGCUGCCAAACCUCUCGGAUUUAAUGUUCACAAGCGCAAUUACAAGAUGAAGCUGCAGGGUGAUAAAAGUGGAAGGAAGGGUCACCUUUCAGUGGCUACUGAGGUUUUCGAAGUGGCUCCUUCCUUGCAUAUGGUGGAGCUGCGAAAGACACGCGGCGACACACUAGAGUUUCACAAGUUCUACAAAACCUUUUCAUCAGGGUUGCAAGACAUAGUGUGGAACACUGACAAAAAAUAAUGAAGUAUUAAGGUAUCCUUGGGAGAGUCUGGCUCAGAACUUGAGGCAUAUAUUUCAUUUGGCAAUGAAUCUGUAUAAAUAGGACUGUUUCAUUAAGCUUAGAACUAGUUUGAUGUGCAAAUUGGGGCAUUUAUUUAAAGUUGAAGUUAACAUUCUUUAAGCAUAUAAAGUUAUGUCACAUGUGCAAUUUCAUCAUUUGAAUUUGAUUUAUAUUUUAU